GCCGCAACAGUGCGGCCUGAAAUAAACAGUUGCCGUGGUAGCAAGUCGACCACAAGUCGGGAUGUAGAGCACCGUGGUUUUUAGAGACUCCAAAUGAAGGAAAUCGCAGUUUUUAUAAUGACAGCAUAGCCAAUAAGAGAGAUGAACGAGUCGGGCCUUCGCAGGAUCCCCCCUGACCAGUCGUCGGGGAGUCUGCGCACCUUGGGCAGCCCCCGUGCAAGCGUCACCGACCCCAUUUUGUCCAAACGCGUGUGCUUCUACAAGAGCGGCGAUCCUCAGUUUGGCGGCCUGCGCAUGGUUGUCAACAACCGCACUUUUAAAACGUUUGAUGCCCUCCUGGACAGCCUGUCCAAGAAGGUGCCGCUGCCCUUUGGGGUGAGGAACAUCACCACCCCCCGGGGGGUGCACGCCGUCAACACGCUGGACGAGCUGGAGGACGGCAAGUCCUACAUCUGUUCUGACAACCGCAAAGUAAAGCCCAUCAACUUGGCACUGGCCAGGAAGAAAUUGGCACCCUGGUACCACGCCAGGCCGGUGAGUUCCCGGCGCCGGAACUUGCAACGGGCCAGGGCUUUCCCUGGGCGGCAAGAACCUGUGCUCGUGCACACGCCCAAGAGACUGGUGGUCUUUCGGAAUGGAGACCCCUCCGUCAAACACGCAGUGGUGCUCCAAAAGAGGAGCACGACUACGUUUGAGUGGAUUCUGGAAUAUAUUUCGGAGAUGAUGCAGUUCCACGUAAUGAAGCUACACGCGGCCGAUGGUAGACGCGUUGAAGGGCUCCCGAGCUUGAUCUUGUGUUCCGGCGUAGUGGUGGCAGCGGGCAAAGAGCCGUUCAAACCUGCAAACUACAAUGUCCGAAAGUCAUCGGGGUCCAUGUGGCUGCCCGGGAACCGGAUGAGCGUCAGGAGACUGAAGGCGGUGAAUCGCAAAAAGAAAUCACCGUCGUACGGAUCCAAGUCGAGGAACUUCUCCACCUCCUCUGAGCGCUACAUCGUGAACAAGAUUCACAAUUCCCUCAUGGAAAGCUCGUGCGACCUGCCCAGCCAUCCCACCAACUCCAUAGGAUACGAGUCCGGACAUGUCGUUGCUGAAACAGAAGGUGACGCGCUGGAAUGCGUGCAGCCUGACGAGGACGACAUUGAGAAGUCCUUUCGAGUGAACCAAGAUGGUAGCAUUUCGGUGGAGAUGAAGGUGCGCUUGACCGUCAAGGAGGAGGAGAUGCUCCACUGGACGACCACCUUGACCCGCUCCAGCAUGGCCAAUCAGCUUAAUGUGACCAGUUUGCCCGAGCUGGAGUCGGAGAAGGACGUCUGUCCCGCCACACUGGAUUCACAAGACCCAAUCUCCUCCAACGACACCAUCAACAAGGAUGAAUCCAAAGACGACCACAACGACGAGAAUCCGCCAUCAUUGGGGAAUGGGAUUUUAAGUCAAAGUAGCUAUGAAGAAGAUGUCAAAAUGCAGGCAACAUCUCCUAGGAGUGCGCCAACCCCGGGACAAACACAAAUCAGAAAGAAGCCAGCUUCAAUGGAGAGCAGUGGAUCCAUUGAAUCUUACUCUUACCAGGAAGAGAUAGAAAAUGGAGCCCUGACAGAGCAGUACUGCGUGGUUAGGCAGAGGAGAACCAGGCCGAUCCCCAAGCCAAGAAGGCUCAGCUCUGUUGAUGCUAACGGCACGAACAGCACAAACAUGUCAUCAUAUAAAUCGGACGAAAUCAUGCAUGUGGAAUCCAGCGGGGAGGAGAUCACGGAAACCGUCUUGCAUAUUUAUGAACAGCAAACUUGCCAGGAUAAUUACAAUGCCAACUUAAGUUCAUUUCCGAGGCCCACGACUUCAGAAACCGGACAUCUACACAGAAACGACGACUUUGAACACAAAUCGUGGGAACCCUCGACAGCCUCGGAGUCUGUUAGCAUCUGGAAUGCCGGGAAGGAGCUUGUAACAGCAGAUUUGCCUUCUCCUAAGCAUGGCAGAAUAAAAGAAAUGACACAAGUAGCCAAGCCUACCAAAGGCAAAGAAAAACAACCUCGACCUAAGACCAAAAGGAUUCCCCAAAAAACAAGGAAAGGUUUGAGACGUCUUCUGUCACCUGGUAAAAGGCAGAGAGAAAAUUCAUCAGGAAAUGCGAAGAAAAACAAGAAAGCAACACCAUUCUCCAGUGCUGGGUUCAUCCGGAGAAUUUACGGGAAUAAAUUAAAACCAGCCAAAAGCCAGAAAAACCUUAAAAGGACAACGACCAAAAGCAAGGAGGGCAACGCUGGAGCAAAAAGCACGAAGCCACCAGAUAAAACACACCAGAAAGCAAACAUAAAGGCACGAGGAAUGCUGACCCAGCAGACGUCAGUGCAUCGAGAGACGAAUCGUGAUGUCAGCAAACAAAUGUCCCUUCCUGCUUUUGACUCCUCCAGCUCUGUUGCUAACGAAUAUGUCCAAAAUUGGCUUAAGAAAGUGCAUAUUAACCAAUCUACUGAAUGCCAAAGGAAAACCAAUCAGACAGAAAUUCAGGCUUCGGCAGAGAAUGCCAGAGAAUUGACAAUGCAACCUGAGGAUGUACGGGGAACUUCUGUCAGAGAGAGAAUCCAAUCCUUGGAGAACAAGAUGGCUCCAUCAAAUCUUCAGACAAAUGGAGAAGGAAUAAAUGCUCAGGCUAAAAUCAAUGAGAUGCCACCUGGAAACGAAACUAACAUCACAAAACUCGAAGAAACUUCUCCUGUUCAACCACCUCCGCCUGGAGAAGAAAUACAGAAAGAAUCCAACCCCGAAUAUCACGUGGGUUGCAACCCAAGUUGCGUGCAACUAUCAGAGAGAAGUCAAACGUCAGAUAAUCCUCCGCCAUCUGCCCAGGCUUUACCGCACGCCCAGCAUGUCAUGAGAAUCACUCAAAUGAUGGAAGCCGUGGUUUCAAAGGAGGAAGAAACCUUAUCAAGAUCUGCGUCUAUCAAAAGGGCACCUUUGGUCAGCAAUGUGUCUCUGGAAAGGAAAAUGUCCCUAAGAAAAUCUUGUAUGGAUAAAUUUACCGUAUGUAACAAUGAAGAGCAACAGCAAUCAUUCUCAGAUGCAAACAGCAACUCUUCUGCGUCUCCAAAAAGUCUUCCCUCAGAAGAGAGGCUGUCCUCGUUCAGUAUGCCAUCAAGUGAGGUUCUAACAUCUCCGAAUAAUCUCCCAUUACAAAUCAUGGGCAGUCCAAAAUCACAAUCCAAAAGGUCCCAAUCAUUACAACGCCAUCCAGGGGUCAAGAAAACAUCAGCGAAUGUCAGCCCCUUGCCAAAGAAAAGGCAGACGUUGCCCAAAUCAAAACAAAGCAAACAGAUGACACAUUCCAAAUCGAUGGACCAAGAAUUGCCUCCAGUCAGAGAAACCUCCAAAAGGACGCUCCCCAGAAAUUUGUCAUCAGACUCGGAGGCUGCAGGUAUAAGAAAAACACAAUCCCAGAGAAAGCAGAUGAACUCUCUGGAGGCCGUAAAACCAUCAGUACGUACUGCUGAAACUGCUAAACCAAGUGAUGAGCUUCAAAUGCAAGAUCAAGAAAAAUCCACAACUGACACAAAAGUAAAUCUGCCAAACAUCGUUGACCAGCCAAACAUGGAAACUGUCCUUGAGAGCGUUUGCUGCUCCAUCAAGUCCAUCCGGUAUGUCGCUCAAAGUCCAUCGAGCUUGGAAAUGACCAACAGUGUGCCAGACUUCUCCUCCCAUGUGGCCUCCACGUUUGGCUCCUCGGCCAAAGUCCUCCUGGCAUUUUUGUCCAUCGUGGCUCUUAAAGACAGCAUUGCCAACCUGAAUGUGGACCAGGUGAAGGCGAACGACGUGAGCUGCGCUGAUGCUUUGAGAAUGAUCGAAUCCCUGAAGGAAAUCGCUAGCAUGGAGAACUCCCACCUGUUUGAAGACAGACUGUCGGCUUUAUGUAAGUCGUGCUCGAGGCAGCUUCUUGACAGCUGGAGGGACUUCCAGGAGCUCGCAGACGCAUAUCAAGAGGAAAACGCCAUUGAUGACCUCAUUGAAAGUCUUGACGUACCCAAAAUAAUUAAAGAAGAACUCGUGUCUCUAUCAGUUGGUUGUAGCAGCACCGGUCAAGAGAAGCUGAAGGCAAAUUCUGAGGGUUGCAGUUCUGGGAUGGGGGAACACAAUGACGAGUUGGCAUAUGAUGAUGAAAGGCAGCAGGAACUGAACCCGGACCUCGGAUCACAUUCAGUCGUGGAACAAUGUUUGGAAGAGGAACACGAGAAUAAACCACAAGAAGAUGGCUGUUAUGUGGAAUUGAAUCCUAGCAGGAGGGCAAGUUCAGAAACAGCACAACCAGAGACCAAAGACAAAAUGCAAAGUCUGGAUGAAGAAAAGGGCUUGAAUAUUAUCAUACAGGAAAGAAUAUCUGGACAGGAUGAAGAGAAUAAAGAAGAACUCACAAUCGAGAUGCAGGAUCCAAAGAGAGACCGUCCUCGGGAUCUGGCCGAUGACGACAGUGGCAAUGACCUGAGUCGUGACGACCAUGCGGAGUCAUCCGCGCUUGAAAAUGAGCAAAUACGAAGCUCGGCUGAAGAAGAAUUGAGCAUCUAUGAGAAGGUACCAGGCUCAGAGGAGGAACAAAGCUAUUUACCAAAAUACCAAGCCCCUGUGACCGACACAAAAUGUGAGACGGUGGAGGGGACCAAAGACCUGUUCGACGAAGAGACUUCCCAGCCUGUCGCGGUCCGGGUGAGUCUUCUGGAGAAGCAGGUUGCUGAUGCCCAGAAAAAACAGUAUAACAAAGAUCACGCCAAAAAGCUCUCGCUGUUGUCCGAAGAGUCCAUUGAAACAUUUCAGCAGUGCAGCCGCUCGGCCCCGCAGUCGUCACUAUCCUUCAGCUACGACUCAAGCAGCGUGGUAACCGUGGAGCCUGAAGGCAACAGGGUCAAGAGCAUCCGUGAAAUGUUCCUGGCAAAGAGUUUUGCCAUGAAUGCAAAGCAGAGCCUGAACGCAGCGCUGCCUUCUGAGACGUCCGAAAAAGACGGCUAUCAGACACAAAUAUUAAGUGAGCAGUCAAGCAGUGAAGAAGAUCCAGUGCGGAAAUCCAUCAGCAAAGGCUUCGUGAGGAGAACCAUCGAAAGGCUUUACGGGAAGACUAAAGCUCAAGAGAGGCCCCCGUCGGCCCCUAGAACCAAAAAGAAGCACUCCGAUACUUUCUUGCCUUUUCACACAGCAAGAUGCAAAGCGCCAUCUGAGUUGUCGUACUUUAACUCCACCAGCGCGUUGGACACCUUGACCGAGGCCACGCGUUGCAUCGCUUUCAACGCGCAAGUCGGUCCCGGUGACAGCGUUCCCAUCGACGAGGGACGAUGGCUGAUCAGAGAGAACGCUCUCAUCCGGAAAUCCAUUUCCGACCCGACGGGAAUCAACACAAACCUGGUCAACUCCGCCCAAGAUGAGGACGGCUGCGAAGACACGCAAGACGACACCCCCUACUCUCUUUUCAGCACCACGUCAGAACCAGAAGAGCAUAAAAAGUCCAAAAGGUGCACCUACUUCUCUUUGCCGCAUACCAGCGACUCAGAGGUGUGUCAAGAUGAACAGAGCGUCCUGGAAGCGAAAUCGGAGAGUGGUGCCAAAAUGAGAAACGGUUCUGCUGUCGGGAUGGCGGACAACAAGGUACACCCGUUGGCGGUGCUUCCGGCGGACGGCGAGGCAGUGGUGGUGACGCAGCCCAAGAAAGGACACGGCACGGUGAACCAAAGCCUCCAGGAACCCGACGUGUUGGACGUGUUAUAUAACUUCUGCGGUGAAAACUGUCCCAUCUUGUGAAAGAAUGACUCAUCUUUGGUGCCUAUGUUUUUGAAUGUUGCCAUAGCCUUGGCAUGAACAAUAAUUUCACUUUGGUGUUCUCCGUUUGGUAUUGUGAUUUAAUGAGUAAUUUCAUCAAUACAAAAGCAUGCAGAGAUUUUACAUGGAAAAUUUUAGCCGAGGGAUAAGAAGUGUAACGAUACAUUUGAAAAUUUCAAACCAUUGUAAUUGCCUGCAUCUUUUAUUUUCUUAAAAGAACAAUUGAUAUGAUUUUAUUUUUGCGUACUUUGUUUAAAUGACCAUAUUUCAUAUUUGGAAGAAUUUUUAUAAAUGUCUUCCUGUUUACACAAGAUGAACAUUUACUUCCCUUACGUUACCAAAUGUGAAUCGAACUGUCACCUGAGUGCAGCCCGUGUAACUACAGGCGUGUAUUUUGUUUUGUUUUUGUUGACUGGUUUUGUCCGUCAUCAGGACAGAAGCUGUGGGAAGAAUUAGCGUAAUCUGUUUUUAAAGCUCUUAGGACAGAUCAAGUCCCAGCAUGUGUCAGAUGUCACGAAAGGUGCAGCUAUUAUUUGACCCAAGGUUCGGGUCACACUGUACAGUGAGUUUUUCGUACGUCGUAGUUUGCAAAGCGGUGGUUCACAUAUAUUGAUUUUGGACAUUUAGGUUUUUAAACGUGAUAAACUCCUCCCAAAUAAAUCGCCAUGGAUGUACUUACUGUUUUAGGUGUAUGUGGUGUACUCCAGAUGACUAAGGCAGCACGCCAUGCUCCUAACCUCGCCAAGCGCAGAACCA